AUCAAUAAUGCUGGUGCUGCAAUCCCUGGUGAAAAUGGUGUGAUGGGUGUGGGUGCAAGUACGAACUUACUAGAGAAGAUAAUGAAGUUAAAUGUGUACAGUGUAGUUGAUCUUAUCCAAUUAGCCCGUCCCUACCUUGUAAAGGCAAAAGGCGUAGCAUAUUAUGCUAUGUCAAAGGCAGCUUUGGAUCAGAUGAUGCGAGCAUUAGCAAUUGAUCUCAUAGGCGAAGGAGUUCGGGUAAACGGUGUAAGCCCUGGUGUUGUCUCGACAAAAUUCGCGGAGAAUAUGACCUUAUCUAAAGAUAUUGCCAAGCAGUUCUACGAAAACUUUGCCAGCAAGCCCGGUUCGCUGCCAUGCGGAAAAGUUGCCCAAGCUUCAGACAUCGCUAAUGUAAUCGCAUUCCUUGCUGAUCGCAGUCAAUCGUCCUACAUU